UUGAGAGUAAGAAAACCCGGAUGUAAACAAAAAUUUGAACAGAUGAAUUGGAGUCAAGAUCUAGAGAACACAAAAAAAUCUCUUGAGGAAGACAACCCUGUUGAAGAUUUAGCAAAGAAAGAUGAUGAUGAUGAGGAGGAGGAAGAAAGCCUUGGGUUUAGCAUGAAAGAUGUCUACUAUAUGGAGACUUCAGGCAGGGUGAGCCUUUAUGAGAGAGGUUGCGAGUAUCUAGUGAAGAAAAAGAGGAAACUUGCCCUCAGGUGUUUCUUGGGUUGUCUGACAGGGCUUAAAGAGAAUAGUGGCUUUCCAUACCUUCCACAGUGCCUGCAUAAGGUUGCAGACAUCUACUUUGAGCAAGAAGAAUAUCAAAAGGCAAUUCAGUUUAUCCAAGCUGAGAAGAUGUAUUAUGAAUCAGCCUUGAUUGACACUUCUGAAUUACAGCAAAAACUAGAAGAACGUCGACAACAGAAGCAAAAUGAUUCCCCAAAUGAUGAUGACCCCCAUGCUAAUAAGAUUGAAGUCCUCAGAGCAGAUGAGUAUGAGAACCUUGCCAGAGUAUGUAUGGAAAAACAGCAAGCCCAGUUGGCCUUAGAAUAUCAGGGCAAAGCCACUAAGCUAAGGCAGCAAGUGUAUGGAGACGAUCACCCAAAGACUAACAAGAGCCUUGACUUUUUCACUGUGCUUUAUGGAGAGGUUGGGAAGAGACAAUACACAGAUUCUAUGAAGAAAUUCACAGAUAUGCCUGUACCUCCUGGUGCUGAGACACUUGGGGCUGGGAGUCCAGGCCUACGUAACAGAAAGACAGGGGAAGGGGCAGAUUCCACCACAGAAACAACACAAGCCACUUCAACACAAUCUGUCCAAUAUGAAGAGCCAGAAGUUAGGGAACAGGAGGAAUGGAUCUCACAAAGCCUGUUGUUGAUACUACUCCUCGUCUGCAGCUUGGUGCUGGGUGCAAUGUUGGCAUUUGUCUACUGCCAGUUAACGCCAAUGUCAACAACUUGUGCUACCAUUAAAAAUGAAACAAACUAUUAUUUCUUAAGACUGAAGUAUUAUUACUAUUACUAUACAAAGAAAUCAAGUGGAUAGUACAUCCACAUGUGUUAAAACACAUAUUUAUGAAUUAUGAAGAAUCAUGGACUUGAAGAGAUCUUUAAGUCUCUGUAAUUAUGUGUCAUUUCUAUGAUUAUGUGUCAUCUCUGUAAUUAUGUGUCAUCUCCAUGAUUCUGUCAAAUAGAGUAAGAAGUUUUCCAUCUUCAGUUUUUCACUUUUGUAAAUGUGAAUUUUCUAAAAGUUUUCCAAAAGGAAAUUGCUCCAUGAAUUAUUCUGAUGAAGUUAUUCCAUUUGGAAAAAAUAUUGAGCCUUUGAA